UUAUAUAGAUGCACACACCCAGAGACAGAGAGAGGCACGCCCUGUAAAUAGCUUUGGCUGCCCUGGGGAGGAGAGUCAGAACUGCUUCAAGAUGGGAGGCCAAACUUCUCAGCUCUUCACGGUUCCUGAGCAGCAGGAGAUCAUGAAAGAAACUGGCUUCUCGGAAGCUAGUGUUGUGCGCCUUUACCAGCGCUUCCAGGCCUUGGACAAGGAUGAAAAAGGUUUCCUCAGCAAAGAUGACUUUGAAGGGAUCGGAGAACUAGCAGUGAACCCCAUUGGCGACCAGAUCAUCAAUGCCUUCUUCCCAGAUGGGAGAGAGACUACGGACUUCCGGACAUUCACUCGUGUGCUGGCCCACUUCCGGCCAGUGGAAGGACCCGGAGGCUCGCAGAACGCUAACAGCCGGCUUAGCAAGCUGAAGUUUGCUUUUCAGCUCUACGACCAAGACAAGGAUGGGAAGAUCUCCCGAGCAGAAAUAUUACAGGUGCUGAGAAUGAUGAUUGGGAUCGAGGUGACGGAUGAACAACUCGAGAGCAUCACAGACCGAACCAUCCAAGAGGCUGAUAAGGAUGGAGACAAGGCCAUCUCCUUUGAGGAGUUUGCAAAGUCUGUGGAAAAGCUGAACAUUGAACAAAAGAUGAGCCUCCGGAUCCUGAAGUGAUCCGUCAGGGACCAGAGAAACCCCUGACAACUUGGGAAAUGAUUUAAGUCUGGCUCCUGGCAGGAAAGGCUGCAAUUGCAAAAACGUGUGGGAUACUGUCGGAUCUCACCUCUGCUCCUGAUGGGCCGCAAAGAAACCAAAUUGGAGAUAUCCAUCUAACAAAGAUCCCUCACUGACAACAAGAUGGGAUCAGGAGCUGCUGACCAACAGAAGCUUGCCAUUCCGUCUGCCGUGUCUAAGCAGACCUCCAUGACACUAUUUCAACUAGAAGCGGCUCUACCUUUUUUCCAUUUUCUGAGAAGCUGUGCACUUCCUACGCCAUGUACUGAAAUGCACAUCAAACCAGAUUUUCUUUUUCUUAACAGGAGGGUGCAGAAAGCAACUUUGGCAUUCUCCCCUCCCUAUUCGUUGCAAGCGAGCCCAAAGUCAUAACCUUGUCAAGAAACUGUUGAGCAUCAUGCAAAGAUUUCAAAAUGCAGUUGGGGGCUAAAAUGAUUACUUCCUUUGGAGCCUGGGGGGGGGAGUUCAUACUAUUGUGACCUGACCUCCCCUCCUUUUACAAAAAGCUUUGCAAAGGCAGUAAAAAUUAAUGCUGCCAAACAGUAAAUGAACGAGUCAGAAUUCAUUUCUGGGAGAAUUGAUUUCAAGGUUUCAUCAAAAAGGUAAUACAUACUGGAACUGUGGCACUGGUACCUGAAAACCACCUUGGGGGUUAUCUUUCCUCGAUCACAUUUUCAUUCAUUAAAAGAUACGCAGAUUGCAUCCACACAAAGCUAGAAGUGGUUUUUAAUUAUCUGCCCUAUUUUAUUUCCAUUCUUGCAUUCUGCAGCUACGUAGUAAGUAUGUAGGAAGCUGCCUUGUACCAGGUCAGGUUUCCUCUCUUCUCUGGCUGGCAGCAGCUCUUGAGGGAUUUGGGGGGGGGGUGUCACGCAGAAAUGGUUCUUUCCCAUCACUUGGUACCUGGUGCUUUGGGUUGAAGCAACUCCCCUGUUUCAGCUUUGGGACUUCUUCAUUUAGAGCAGGCAUCCCCAAACUGCGGCCCUCCAGAUGUUUUGGCCUACAACUCCCAUGAUCCCUAGCUAACAGGACCAGUGGUCGGGGAAGAUGGGAAUUGUAGUACAAAACAUCUGGAGGGCCGAAGUUUGGGGAUGCCUGAUUUAGAGCCAAAGGAAGAGGUGACAUAACAGAGGUGUAUAAAAUUAUGAACAGCAUUGUGAAUGAGGACAGAAAGAAGUUUUUCCUCCCUCUCUUGGAACCCUAAAAGCUCAUGGGCAUCCAUUAGAACUGGGUGCUGGACUAAAUGGGCCACUGGCCUGAUCCAGCAGGCUCUUCUUGUGCGCUUGAGAAAAGGGAUGCGUUGCCAGAUUGAGACCUUCUGCAUGCAGAACAAGGGUGGCUCUGCCGCUGAGCCAGGCGUCUCGCUCUCUCCAUUAUGUUUCCUACAUCUUUGCUGCUCUUGGUCUACUUGCUGCAUUUAUACACUGUCUCCUUUCCGGAUCAGCAUGCUGAUCUUAGGAUCAGGCCCAGCUCAGGCAUCGUAAAAAAAAGGAACAAGACAAUUGAUAAAUAUGCACAGACGCAGCUAGAGCCCCUUCUUCAUAUGCUUUGCUGAGCUACAUAAAAAUAAGUGGUGUGUUGUUCUUUUAGGGGGAAACUUGCAGUUGAGAAUCUCGUGCAAAGCAGCUGUGCAGGGAGAAGGAAGGUAUCCUGACAGACAGAAAAAGGGGUCCCAUCAACCAGAUGAUACUAGGGGGCAGCAUGUUAAAGACAACACAAACCUCUUUUAUCUGGUACUAACUGUUGCCAGAGCAAAUACUUUUAUAUGCAAAGAGCCCCACAUGUCAGCUGCUAGUCAGCAGGAGACGUGUGAUGAACAGCAACUACACAAAGUAUUCAUGGUAUGCUCUGGUACAAACCAUGAAAAAAUUUGCUGGGGCAUACAUUUCCCCGAGAGUUCCUCGUGCCAGGCAAGAACUCAGAUCUUUGUCUCAUUAAGAGGCCAAAACAUCUCCCCUCACUGAACUGUUGCAGCCUUUCUGGAAAGCUGGGCACAGAAUUAUAAAUUUUUGAUGACACCAUUAGCAGACUUUCAUCCAAGGUGCAUCUUUUGUUCACCAUUAGCAAAUCUGCAGCCAAAUCCAACUCGGGGGACAAAACCUGAGAAAGCCUGCAUCGUCCAAGCAAUGCCUCUUAGCCCAACUGUCCUGCAGACAAGAAUCGCACCUCUUGCCCCAAAAGCGCACUAAUGUGUGCAUGUGUACAGCACACACACACGCCCACCCUUUACGUCAUUAUAACAUUUGAGAAAUACCUCAAUACAAGAUCGUAGCUCUGUAUUGCUGUAUUGUUUUUAAUAUGCUGUAUUGUUUUUAAUAUUCGGUUGGAAGCUGCCCAGAGUGGCUGGGGAAACCCAGCCAAAUGGGCGGGGUAUAAAUAAAUUAUUAUUAUUAUUAUUAUUA